AUGUUGAUCCAGGUGUGCCUGUAUUUUUACUGUAAAUUUUUGUGGCGUUGCCUGAAAUUUGUGAUGAGGAAGCUAACUGGAAGAUGUGAACUGCAACGCAUCUGUUACAAUACCAAGCCUGGAGCUUCUAGAACCAUGAAAAUUGAAACAUCAUUGAGAGAUUCAAAAAGUAAGCUGUUGCAGACUUCAGUGAGCGUUCAUCCUGAUGCUAUUGAAAAAACUAUAGAUGACAUCAUGGAACUGAAAAAAAUUAAUCCUGACAUAAACCCACAGCUGGGAAUCUCUCUUCAGGCUUGCCUUCUGCAAAUCGUUGGGUACAGAAACCUUAUUGCAGAAGUGGAAAAACUUCGCAGAGAGCCCUAUGAUUCUGAUAAUCCCCAACAUGAAGAAAUGCUUUUGAAGUUAUGGAAAUUCUUGAAGCCCAAUACUCCAUUGGAAUCUCGGAUUUCUAAGCAGUGGUGUGAAAUUGGUUUCCAAGGUGAUGAUCCUAAAACAGAUUUUCGAGGAAUGGGACUUCUGGGACUGUACAAUCUGCAGUAUUUUGCAGAAAGGGAUGCUGCAGCAGCUCAGCAGGUCCUCUCUGACUCUCUUCAUCCAAAAUGCAGGGAUAUCACUAAAGAGGAAAUAAGCAAAUUCAGCAAAGCAGAUUGGGAGAAGAAAAGGAUGGAUAAAGCAAUUGGGUACUCAUUUGCAAUCGUGGGCAUCAACAUAACUGAUCUGGCAUAUAAUCUGCUGGUCACCGGAGCUCUAAAAACCCAUUUCUACAACAUCGCCCCAGAAGCUCCAACAUUGUCUCACUUCCAACAAACGUUCUGCUACUUGAUGCAUGAAUUUCAUAAGUUUUGGAUUGAAGAGGACCCCAUGGACAUAAUGGAAUUUAAUCGUGUGCGGGAGAAAUUCCGCAAGAGGAUCGUAAAACAGCUGCAGAACCCAGACAUGGCACUGUGCCCACAUUUUGCUGCCUCGGAAGGUUUAAUCAACAUGUAG